CGAGCGACUUUGCCGAGGCCUGCUGGUCUUUGGCUACCUGCACGCCAUUGACGUGCGUCUCUGUACACGAUGGACGAUGACUUUGAAGACUACUUUGAUGCCCCCGUGCAUCCGGAGACGCUCUCUGCUGGGUCUGCUUUUCCGCCAAUGACCCUCGGGAUCGCGUCCUUCUCGUUCGCUGUCCUGCUUCUCGCGCUGUUUGUUUAUGCUCGCCGCAGCUCAAGGACACGAGGGAACGCCGUCCUCCUGCUUGGCGCCUCCGACGCAGGAAAGACCGCGAUCUUAACAACGCUGGCUUAUCACCAAACCAUACCCACACAUACGUCGAUACAAAUCAAUGCCACCGUGAUCGCCCUGCCUGAAUCCAAGCGCUCGCUUCGCCUAGUGGAUGUUCCUGGACACCCGCGAAUACGAGAUCAGUUCCGUGAAUAUCUACCCGAGGCCAAAGCGCUGAUGUUUGUCGUCGACGCAAGCACGAUCUCCCGGAAUGGGACCGCCGUGGCAGAACAUCUGCACCACGUACUGCACGCUCUAAGUUCCCUUCCUCCGACACAAACGCCACCAGCGCUCUUGAUCCUGGCGCACAAAUACGAUGCUUUAAAGACCGGCGCGUCGACCGCGUCGGGUGCGAACACCCCCGACCAACUCGCUAUCAACAGAGUGCGCUCCAUCUUGGAGCGCGAGCUGGAGAAGAGGAGAGCGACGCAUGCUGGCAGCGUCGGCAUGGAAUCAUUAGGCGGCGACGGCGAGGAAGGUGGAGAGCUCGGCGGUUUAGACUGUGCAGGCGGCGGCGGCGUUUUUCGAUUCGCCGAUUGGGAUGGUGGAGAAGUGGAGUUCCUCGGCACAUCAGUCGCAUACCCUUCGGAGAAGGGCGAAGCAACGGACGAGAUGACGCCAAGCGAUGCUCGUGGUCUCUCUAGUCUUCGACAAUGGCUGGAUAGCGUGUCAUGAUUAUGGGAAAUUUGUUACGUGUAGAUCAGCAUUCGCACUGCGAUAUGACUCACCGUGAUAUCUUAAAGCUCAUGCUUUCGUACCCGCAGUACCC